AUAAAACGCUACCUCCCAGAGCGAUUUGGCUCGAAGAAGUACUGUAUAAAACGUUUGCGUGCUUGUAGCAUUAGGAAUGCAGGUCCGACUCCAAAGUCCAAAGGCCAGUCUGCGGAGCAGAGGAUCGCAGAUGGUAAGAUAUGGGUGAAUCACUCACAAGCUUGGUGCUGAAACGAGUUCCGCCUCGCUGCACGAGCGUUGUACUCGUAGAGAUGCUGGACCAGAUAGCAGAAGGCAAAUAUGAUUUCGUCCAUUUGCCCUAUGAUAUACGGACCCACAAGAACCUCUCUUUGGCUUUCGUGAAUUUCCUUGACCACCAAACCGCGGUCACAGCAUUGGAUUGGCUGUCCACAGCAACGAACUGUCCGCAGGGAUUAGCACCAAGCACUCAGGUGCACUGGGGCCAGAUCAAUGGGCUCGGCCCCAACUUGGCUCACUUCAUUGCUAGGUUUGGCAUUGCAGCUGUUGACCCACCUUACUCACCUUUUGUUUUUCUGAACGGCAUCUGUGUUUCACGCCCCAGAGACAUAAUUGCGAGUGUGGUAACUCCCGCAAUGUUUCGAGCCGCGAAGAGGCUAGUGCAGCAACAGCGAGCUUAUGCAGGAGAAAACUUGGGGGAAGCAGCCAACUUCGAUGAAUUCUGGCACCGUCCGCAGCAGUUGAGCGACCUGAACACUUUGCCUUGGGACAAUGAAGUUCGAAGGUGCUUGAUUCAUUUGGAGUCGCGCUAUGCAAUUUUUCGCUUAUGAUCAGAAUGACCUAUCCUGUCCUGUGAUGGAGACUGCCACUGUUUUUCUGUGUGAAUCAUGUGCGAUUUAUUUGGCAAGAGCCAAGAAGGCCACAGGAUUUCCAAAGGAACCAUCUAUGAAUAUCUCUCUAGGGUUAACGAAGUGUGCCGUGCUAUGAAUCUACACUUUAACAUUCUUGGCCUACUAUGCGUGCACACAAAAGUGCCCUUGAUAGGAGUGAGUGCAGCAGGCAUUACACGUGCCGAAUCUGCAUGCACUUGAAAUCAUGGCAACUGCUCUUACUCAGCACAGCAGGGUUUGAGCAUCUUGAGACGAUUUGCUCAAGGAAUGCGAUGUUAGCGUAUUAAACGAGGCAGUAUUAUGUGAGUUUCACUCUUGAUACACUGAUAGUGGUCAAGACUCAACAGGUUUGCCCACAACUUUACUUUAUGGGUGAGAAAGCUGGGCAGAAGGCAACGUACUGUUUCUUCAAAACGGCAGACAGAGCUUCUGAGCUUCAAAACCGAACCUUUAGCCCAGCUAGCCGGCCAGCGUAGUCUCUGUGCCGCGAAGCGCCACCCCCCCUUCUGCAGUAAGCAACUAGCCUUUGCAGAUUGCAUUGGGUUUCCUGGCGCUUCGAAAGUGGCGCGAGCACCACCUACCUGCCAAAGUCC